AGGAACCGUGUCGACUUGUUAGUACUGUAUUUAUUUAAUGCAAACACGGUGAAUAGGGAUUUAUUGGCUUCCAACAAUAGAAUAACGGGAUUACAUGUACAAUACAGUGAAAUUACAUUAUGGAUUGCCAUGACGUCACUUGUGUGGAUAAAAAGGAAACAGUUGGUUCAAGGCCGCCCUUACUACCACCAUGUCGUGUAUGCGGCGGGAAAGCUUCGGGAUUUCAUUAUGGCGUAAACACGUGUGAAGCCUGCAAGGGAUUCUUUCGGCGUUCAUUUUCCCGCCCAGAGUAUGUUUGUGCUGGAAAUAAUGACUGCUUACUUCAGCCCCGGAGACGGAAUAAUUGUCCUGCAUGUCGUCUGCGUAGAUGUCAGGAAGUUGGAAUGUCAAAAGAAGCAAUAAAAACAGGGCGUUAUUCUUACGAGAAGAAGACACAAUACAUAACGGAAGUGAACAUGGUUGGCAUCCAGAUUAGCUCGACAGAUGUUUCACUCAAAAAUGAAAUAACACAUAAUCAUCAACCGGAAACGACAUGUACCGGUGACAAUAACACUUCUUCAUCGAGCCCUUCAUCCAUAUGUGUUGAAAACAAUCUUUCGGAGGACAAAAAUCUUUCAACUUUUCAUAUAAAGAAGACAGAAUACAACCGAUCAGACAAAAGUCGGAACGAUCAGACGCUUGAUAUAUCCAUGAAUGCGUCUGAAACAGAUGGUGAGAAUUAUAAUAUUAUUCAGAGUUUACUCAAAUCACAAGACAUGUUAAUUGAAGAUCUCGACGCUUUCCUCGACGAAAUACACAUGAAGAAACGACAAAAGGAAUUCCAUCGCAGAAUCCAAAGCGAGGCACCACGGUCUCUAGUUAAAUGCUCAAAUGCCCCAAAGAGCAAUUUGGAGACGAAAAGAGACGAGCAGAUGGACAAAGUAGCAGAACUUAUGGAUAGUGAAUUUAGAAACACAAUAUCGUUCAUCAAAGCUAUCCCUGGUUGGAAAACUUUGGAUAUGGAAGACCAGAUUAAUCUCAUUAAAGAAGGAUCAGCGGAGUUAUGGAUCUUGGGUCACUGUCAAUGUAUAGAUACGGAGUUAGGUGUGUUCACUGGAGAAUACGACAUGUCUUUCCAGGAUGCUGCCAGAAUUUGGACAGAUAUCUAUGUGGAAAGUGUUUAUAAGGCCAGCCAGAAGUUUAACAAAUUAAAACUGUCCAAAGAGGAACUGGUUGUGCUCAAGACCAUUGUGUUAACAUUCCCAGAUCGGUGUACCUUGGUCAAAAGAGAUGCCGUUGAGCAAGUGCAAUGGCGAAUGAUCGAAUGUUUCCAUUACCUUUGCAAGAAAAAUGGCUUAUCGUUCAAUGAAAGAUUUUGUAAAAUCACAGACGCUAUAUUGACUGCUCGAGAUAUGACGGAAAAGUAUAAGGAAAUUGUAAAAACUGUCGUCUGCCAAUGGGAAAUAUUUGAAAAGUACCCGUUGCUGAAAGAAUUCUUCAACAGCUUCUAGUCAUUAAAAAUAAGCAUACAUGUAUUUUAAGCCGCGUCACGACAAAAC